AUGAGAAGCGAGAAACAGGGAAUUCCAGGCACCAAAAUAACGAGGUCGACGCCCCCAUCCGGACCCGAGGGGCAGUUUCCGGUUCGGUGUCCUGACCACCGUCCCUCCUGGCGUCGCGAGGGGAACGCCGCACAUCCAGACCCGAAGUGCGUGCUCCGAGCCCACGGAACCAAAGCGAGACGAGCAGCCCUCCCGGGCCCUGCGCCCCACUGCGGGGUCAUCCACGCCCGCGAGGCCGGACCCGAGAACCGCGCGGUGCCCUGCGCGCCCCUGGGGCGCAGCCACGGAGCACCUUGGCGCGCGGGCGGAAACCGCCACCCCGGGACCCCGGGGGCUCCCCACGUGUGGGCAGUGUCUCCCCUGCCCAGUCCGAGCUCCGGCUGCAGCGAUGGCGGCGACGGAGGCGGCGCGUCUGAGUCACCUGUGGGGCUUUUUACAACUCCACAGCCCCCUCCCCACACCCCGGUUCACUCGUCCGGAGGAAGAGGAAGGCAGUCUCCGUACACGCAGGGCGAGGUGGCCCGGCGGUGGAGUUUUCAAAAGCCCUACAGCUUCCCCUUACGUGCGCCACCCCACAAGCUUUGCCGAGGGCCCCGAAGUCUCGGAGCCCCGCGGGACAGUCAGACGUCAGGAGAAGUGUCCCCCGCGCUUCGCACCUCUUACGCUGCCUGCAGCGCGCACUGGACACCAAAGAGCCAAGGCUGUGAAUAUAAUCACAUAAAGGUGAGAGAGGAAAACUUAACACACAGAGGCAAAGCCGUGAAGAUGCUGGCCUUGAAGACUGGAGUGAAUGAUGUAGCCCCAAGCCGAGGGAUGUCGGCAGCCACAAGAAACUGGGAGAAAUACAGAGAAGAUUCUUUCCGGUGGGCCUCCAGUGGGAGUGUGACCCUGUGACAUACUGAUUUCUGCAUCACAAUGCUGAUAUUUUACUUUGGACCUCCACAAUUGCAAGGAAUAAAUUUCCAUA